GAUCUCAUUUCAUCCCCACCAAUCCUCAUCUGUCCAUCACAGAGUGGCAGGGGAGGCAGUGAGGCGGACGGAGAGAUCGGGAGGUGAGAGGAGAGCUCCAUGUGAGGCAGGCUGCCGGGACACGCCGAGCCCCGAGCAACACUGGAGUAACUGAGCUACAACAAUUAAACACAAUAAAAUACAUUAAAUAAAGAAACACAGAGAAUCAAACUCAACAGGAGAAGACUUCUCUCUGUUCACCAGAUCGGACUUCCGGUGACCGUGCCUGAUUACCAGCGCCAUGGGGGAAAUGGAGCAGCUUCGAAAGGAGGCAGAAAGCCUGAAGGACGAAAUUACUGCUGCACGCAAGGCAGUGCAGGACGCCACACUGCAGGACACGGUCUCAGGGACGGUUGUGGUGAGCCGAGUCCAGCUGAAAACCAGGAAGACCCUGAGAGGACAUCUGGCCAAAAUCUACGCCAUGCACUGGUCCACAGACUCGAAACUGUGUGUGAGUGCCUCUCAGGAUGGAAAGCUGAUUGUGUGGGACAGCUACACCACCAACAAGGUAAAUGCCAUCCCUCUGAAGUCUUCCUGGGUGAUGACCUGCUCCUACGCCCCCUCAGGAAACAUGGUGGCAUGCGGAGGACUGGACAACAUGUGCUCCAUCUACAACCUGAAGGCCAAAGAUGGCAACGUCAAGGUCAUGAGGGAGCUGGCCGCCCACACAGGCUACCUAUCCUGCUGUCGCUUCCUGAGUGACGCUGAGAUCAUCACCAGCUCUGGAGACUGUACCUGUGUUCUGUGGGACAUUGAGACGGGCACACAGAAGACUGUGUUCGCUGGUCACACUGGCGACUGCAUGAGCCUGGCCGUGCCCCUGGACUUUAAGACCUUUAUUUCAGGGGCCUGCGACUUCACAGCUAAACUGUGGGACAUACGGGAGGGCCAGUGCAGACAGACCUUCAGCGGCCAUGAGAGUGAUAUUAACGCUAUAGCUUUUUUCCCCAACGGUAAUGCGGUGAUCACAGGCUCUGACGACGCCACCUGUAAGCUGUAUGACCUCCGCGCUGACCAGGAGCUCAUCACCUACCAGGACUCCAGCAUCAUGUGCGGAGUCACCUCCAUCGCCCCCUCGCUCUCGGGGCGGCUCAUCCUGGCUGGCUACGAUGACUUCAACUGCAACAUCUGGGACUCGCUCAAAGCCGAGAGAGUGGGUGUGCUGGCCGGCCACGAUAACCGCGUAAGCUGCAUCGGGGUGACGGCUGACGGGAUGGCCUGCUGCACGGGAUCAUGGGACAGCUUCCUGAAGAUCUGGAACUGACGAUCCAUCUAAAAGAGAGAUAGAAAGAGAGAGAAAAAAAAUCAGGACGAGGGAGCGCCUGAGUGAUUGUGAUAUUAGCGUAUAGGGUACGGGAGGGUGGGGUAGGGGUG